CUCCUUCCGAGUAGACUCCGGAAUAGGUUUGCGUCCUCUUUGGGCCACGGCUGGUCAGCGGAAGCAGUCCGUCCCCAGCAUGACCAAUAAGAAGUGCGGAAAGGGGCCCCGUCCCGCCUCCUGAUGAUUAGGGGGUCUCCCUUCUCAAGCGAGAUCCCGCCCCAGCCCCGCCCUGUGGGCCCUUAGGGUCUCGCGGCUGCGCUUGGUGGGGCUGCAGCCUCGCUCCGGCUCGGGCUCCGCUGACCCCUUUCUGCCGCCCCGCCCACCCCGCUUUGCAGGCUGCACUGGGAUUUCCCUUCGCCUCCGGUUGGGGCUGCUGUUUCGCUUUGCCGACGGUUUGGGAUCCCUGCAGUCUUCUCAUCUGGUGAUGGAGCUCUCAAGUCCUUCCAGAGAGGAGUGUCCCAGACCCCAGGGCAGAGUAGGUAUCAUGGCUGCCAGCCUCAUGGGAUUGCUUCUACUUCAAGCAGCAUCAUGGGCAUCAGGUGCCCGCCCCUGCAGCCCUAAAAGCUUUGGGUACAGCUCAGUGGUCUGUGUUUGCAAUGCCACCUACUGUGAUUCUCUUGACCCCCUGACCCUGCCUGACCCUGGCACCUUCAGCCGCUUUGAGAGCACACGCAGCGGGCGCCGAAUGGAGCUGAGCCUGGGGACCUUCCAGGCCAACCGCACAAGCAAAGGGCUUCUACUGACCCUGCAGCCAGAUCAGAAGUUCCAGAAAGUGAAGGGAUUUGGAGGGGCCAUGACAGAUGCUGCUGCUCUCAACAUCCUUGCCCUGUCACCCCAGGCCCGGAAUUUGCUACUCAAAUCAUACUUCUCUGAAGAAGGAAUUGAAUACAAUAUCAUCCGGGUGCCUAUGGCCAGCUGUGACUUCUCCAUCCGCAUCUACACCUAUGCUGACACCCCUGAUGACUUCCAGUUGCUCAACUUCAGCCUCCCCGAGGAAGAUGUCAAGCUCAAGAUACCCCUGAUUCACCAAGCCCUGAAGAUGGCCCAGCGCCCUGUCUCCCUCUUUGCCAGUCCCUGGACAUCACCCACUUGGCUCAAGACCAAUGGGGCAGUGAAUGGGAAGGGGACACUCAAGGGUCAUCCGGGGGAUCGCUACCACCAGACCUGGGCCAAAUACUUUGUCAAGUUCCUGGAUGCCUAUGCUGAGCACAAUUUACACUUCUGGGCAGUGACAGCCGAGAACGAGCCUUCUGCAGGGCUCUUUACCGGGUACCCCUUCCAGUGCCUGGGCUUCACCCCCGAACACCAGCGAGACUUCAUUGCCCGUGACCUGGGUCCCACCCUGGCCAAUAGUACACACCGCAAUGUCCGUCUGCUCAUGCUGGAUGACCAGCGCUUGCUGCUGCCCCACUGGGCCCAGGUGGUGCUGGCGGACCCAGAGGCAGCUAAGUACGUUCAUGGCAUCGCUGUACACUGGUACCUGGACUUUCUGGCUCCAGCAAAAGCCACCCUGGGGGAGACACACCGCCUGUUCCCCAACACCAUGCUUUUUGCCUCAGAGGCCUGUGUGGGCUCCAAGUUCUGGGAGCAGAGCGUACGGCUGGGCUCCUGGGAUCGAGGGGUGCAGUACAGCCACAGCAUCAUCACGAACCUCCUCUACCACGUGGUUGGCUGGACUGACUGGAACCUCGCCCUGAACCCCGAAGGGGGACCCAACUGGGUGCGCAACUUUGUCGACAGCCCCAUCAUCGUGGACAUCUCCAAGGACACGUUCUACAAACAGCCCAUGUUUUACCACCUUGGCCACUUCAGCAAGUUCAUUCCUGAGGGCUCCCAGAGAGUGGGGCUGGUUGCCAGUGAGAAGAACAACUUGGACACGGUGGCACUGCUGCGCCCCGAUGGCUCGGCCGUUGUGGUCGUGCUAAACCGCUCCUCGAAGGAUGUGCCUCUCACCAUCAAGGAUCCGGCUCUGGGCUUCCUGGAAACGAUCUCACCUGGCUACUCCAUUCACACCUACCUGUGGCAUCGCAAGUGAUGGAGCAGAUACCCAAGCAGGCACCUGGGCCCGGCAUGGACAUUAAAGAGACAGAGUCAGCUCA